GAUCCAGUUACUGGAGCUUCUCGUYGCUGCUGCUGCAAUGAAAACAUCGUCGUUGGUGGGUGGAUAUUUAUGGGCCCGCGUCCAUCAUUUUUUACCCCCAAAACACUGACUGAGUAAGGACGAGCCCCGACAAGGGCAUGUGGUGGAUAUUAUGUCCUGCAGCAGAUGCACGCACCCUGGGAGCCGCCGGCUGGCCACCUCAUGACGUCCUGUAGCCAGAGCCUCCAUGCCUGAGCUCCAUGCACCUCACACAUCAUACCUUUGACUUCAUGAAGAUCCCUGAUAUUGGUGAUGUAAUGAAUAAAUUUGAAGUCCUUGGGAUUGUGGGUGAAGGGGCUUAUGGUGUUGUUCUGAAGUGCCGACACAAGGAGACCAAUGAAAUUGUUGCCAUAAAGAAAUUCAAGGACAGUGAAGAAAAUGAAGAGGUCAAAGAAACGACACUACGGGAGCUCAAGAUGCUCCGCACGCUCAAGCAGGAGAACAUCGUUGAGCUUAAAGAGGCCUUCCGCAGAAGAGGAAAACUAUACCUCGUCUUUGAGUACAUGGAGAAGAAUAUGCUCGAGCUGCUUGAGGAGUUACCCACUGGUGUGCCAACCGAGAAAGUACGCAGCUACAUCUUCCAGUUAAUCAAAGCUAUUCACUGGUGCCAUAAGCACGACAUUGUUCACCGAGACAUAAAGCCAGAAAACCUUCUCAUCAGCUCCGAUGACGUCCUCAAGCUMUGUGACUUCGGUUUUGCACGUAAUCUCUCUGAAGGGACCGAUGCCAAUUACACUGAAUACGUGGCUACUAGAUGGUACCGCUCUCCAGAGCUCCUGCUCGGGGCUCCGUACGGGAAGGCGGUGGACAUGUGGUCAGUGGGCUGCAUCUUAGGAGAGCUGAGUGACGGGCAGCCCCUGUUCCCAGGGGAGAGCGAGAUCGACCAGCUCUUCACCAUCCAGAAAGUUCUGGGACCCCUGCCUCCGGAGCAGAUGAAGCUCUUCUAUAACAACGCUCGCUUCCACGGGCUGAGGUUUCCUGCUGUAAACCACCCCCAGACCUUAGAGCGGAGGUAUCUUGGGAUCAUCGGCGGAGGCCUGCUCGACCUGCUAAAGAACCUGCUGCUGCUGAACCCCACAGAGCGCUUUCUCACAGAGCAGUGCCUGAACCAUCACGCCUUCCAGACCCUGCGACUGGUGGAACGGCCCAGCCCGCCCACACCCACACCCGUACGCUCCUCUAAGAGAAAACCUCACCAUGGAGACAACACCACUCCCAGCAGGAGCCAUGUGGGGAAGAGCUCAGGAAGCCACCGUUCCAGCAGCAGAGAGUGCUCCAGUUUACCCAGACAGGAGGACAUCCACCUCGGCAACGACAGCUUCCUGAACGGCAACAUGUCUGCAGUCAUGAACCUCAGCCCCACGCUGCAUCCCAAGAGCUACCAGCCGCAGAUCUUUAACCACUCCACUGCCUACAGCAUGGACCUAGCCAGCAGCAACCUGCCUCAUCUGCUCAGUACCGGUGAGGCCAAGGGCAAGGGCGAUUUUGAGAUGAACUUGAGCUCCAAGGUGUUGGACGGUCCCGGAGCCAAGUACCUCAAGUCCAACUUCCGCUCCCAGCAGAACCGCCACUCUUUUGUUGAAGGGAAGAACAACACGCUUCAGUCGGGGGAGAAACACGGCCGGCACAGCCACAUGGAUUCGUACAAUUCUGCUCCCUCCUCCUCUAAGUUCGCCUACCUGAACUUGUCUAAGAGCUACGGCACGCUCAGCGAUGCCAAGUCUGUGGGGAACCUGAACGACGUGCACCUGUACGCAGACGAGCCAACGUCUCGCUACUUUCCCUCCAGCUGCCUCGACCUCACAGCUCCGAGCAGCCCGGCGUCCCGCAGAGUGGAUAGACUGGGGCUCGGCAUGGGAGGUCGAGGAAACAUGCGCUCGGAAAGAGAGAGCAACACCCUGGACUCCUCCUACAGGCGCGCCUCCAACCGCCACAAGACCUCAGAAGAGGCCAAGUCCCCGGAUGCUCUGGACCCUGGGGACGGCAGCACCGAAAGGAGCCACUCUCACUCUCUGUCCACCCCGCGGGACCCUCUUUCUUACGGGCAGGGAUACACCAGUCCCUUUUCCUCCCAGCAGCGGCCGCACCGUCACUCCAUGUACGUAAGGAGGGAUCACCAAAGGACGCACGGGACGGACGAGGGUCUGUCCGUCGGACAGGGCUUGUCCACCAGAGCCAGCAGCCUYCAGCUCCUGUCCCCGCAGCUGCAGCACCGCACUCUGCCACGGCUCUCUGGGAGCUCCUCCAGAGAGGAUGACAUGAGCAGGGUUGGCUUAUAUCAUGACCAGCAACCAGAAGAGGGAGGAUCCUCCAAAGAAAACCGCAAUAUCUACAGUGAAUCCAUGCCAAGGCGGGUGGGCAGCUUCUACAGAGUUCCGUCUCCGCGACCAGACAACUCUUUCCAUGACAGCCGGGGCCAGAGCCGGGACUCCGCUUUGUCCGGGGACGGCAGCAGUUUGACAAAUCACUCCAAACGUCAGCCUGCGUUUGACCCCUGGACUGGCCCAGAUACUGUAGUCCUGAAUGCCUCGGAGCCGUCCAAAGAAAAGGAGAAGCAGGGUUUCUUCAGAGCAAUAAAAAAGAAAAAGAAAAAGUCUCAGAUG